AUCGUUCUUCGAAAAGAGAAACAAUUACAUACGAUUGAAUAUACGGUAGACGUCAUCGAUGUGGUUGUCCUUUAUUACACUGUAAGCUCUGAACAGGGAUAACAAUAACUGAAGACUUUUGAAGGCGAUGAGGUAUCAACUAUAUUUCGUAUUCUCAGUACUGCUUUUCUGGAAUUCUGUACUGUGCCUGUUAAACAGUAUCUCUAAUGUCCCUCCAAUAAUUGGUGAAUAUCAUGACGAAACGUCCUCAAAGUGUGCUCUCAUUCUUCGGAGGACUUCCAUACAACGUUACGGAAGAACACCAGCGCACCCUUAUGGUGGAUUCUUUGACUUCCUUAAGCCAAGGGCCUUCCUUCCUUCCGGUCCUCUUGAGAAUGUAUGUAUUCGGUAUUCUGAUGUUAACCGAGCUCUUGCCGAAGCUAAACAUCAAAUAGGCUACAGACAUCCACCCACAAUCAACUCUUUGGAACCACAUCCAGCUCAUAUCGAUAAAACAGGAGAGUUGGUGCUGGCUACUACCAAACUAUUAGCUAGACAGUUCCAGCUUUCUCGAGAUGAGAUUAUUAACGGUUUGCCAAUGAUUGACACCUCUCGCACAGACAUCUGGGAAGUAUGCCCCGCCCACUUGAAACCACUGCCUUGCACAAUGGAGAGAUAUCGAACAUACACGGGAGUGUGUAACAAUAUGCAGCACACUAGCUGGGGAUCAACUCACAGCUCUUUUGUCAGGCACCUUCCUCCUGCUUACAGUGACGGGAUAUCUGCACCUCGUGUUUCAGUUGUUGAUGGAGGCCCUCUUCCUCUUGCCAGAAUGGUCAGUACUUACAUUCACCGCGACUUUGAUACUCCUUCUGGUGACCUCUCCAUCCUGUUGAUGUCAUGGGGUCAGUUUAUUGACCAUGACAUGACGCUUGCAGCGUCACCUAGAGAUGAGAACGAACUGGAUUUUACCUGCUGUGGAAUCCCUAAAGAGCAUCAGCAUCCUAACUGUAUGACUAUUGAUAUUCCUCCUGGUGAUCCUUUCUAUGCUCAUUACGGGGAGACAUGUAUAGAAUUCAAACGUGCUCUUGCUGGUCACAGACCUGGAUGUGCUCUCGGUCCAAGAGUACACAUCAACCUCCUUACACAGUCACUGGAUGCUAACUUCUUGUAUGGCUCAACAGAAAAAUUAGCCAAAGAACUCCGACUUGGUAAAGGAGGACUUAUGCGUGUUUGGGACUACUUUGAAAACUUUGGACUCAAACCAUUGUUGCCUCCUUUGUCAACUUAUCCUGAGAAAGAUUGUACCGCUCGCCCAAGACAUCUGUUCUGUUUCAAUGCUGGUGAUGAGCGUGUUAACGAACAGAUCCACUUGACUGUCUUGCACACAUUGUACGUUCGUGACCACAACCGAAUUGCCACUGAGCUCUCGAGACUGAACCCGCACUGGGAUGACGAGAGGAUAUAUCAUGAAACACGUCACAUCAUGGCGGCUUCAGUACAACACAUCACUUACACCGAAUUUUUACCCAUGAUUUUGGGCGAAGAGACAGCGGCUCGUUACGACCUGACUCCUCAUACUCACGGUUAUUGGAAUGGUUACGAUUCUAACGUACACAUGGGAAUGUCCAGUGGUUUCCAGUCGGCAGCUUUCCGAUUUGGACAUACCUUCAUCCAGGGUAUGGUGCGCAGGUACAACAAGUAUCACGAAUUUGUGGGCGAAGAUCCUCUACGGACUCUUUUACGCCAGCCUUAUAUUUUCUACGAACCUGGCAAGAUCGACGAACUUAUCGGUGGUCUUAUCAACACACCUGCCCAAACUUAUGACCCUUUUAUAACUCAGGAGGUGACCAACCACCUUUUUGAAGAGCCACAUAUUCCUUUCGGAAUGGAUUUAGUUUCCUUCAACAUAAUGCGUGGACGUGAGACGGGAGUCCCAGGAUACAAUUUCUUCCGGGAAUGGUGUGGUUUGGGAAGAGCCAAAACUUUCGAGGAACUGGAGCCAGUAAUGAACAACGGCACAGCCUACAAGUUUGCUCAGUUGUACAAGCAUCCAGAUGAUAUUGAUCUUUGGAGUGGCGGAAUCUCAGAGCACCGCCUACCGGGAGGCUUGAUUGGGCCAACCUUCGCCUGUAUUAUUGCUCGUCAAUUUGUAAAUGUUAGAAAAGGAGAUCGUUUCUGGUAUGAAAAUUCGGGUUUUCCAUCUGCCUUUACUCCAGAACAACUUCAAGAAAUUCGAAAAUCAUACCAGGCUAAAAUUAUUUGUCAGAAUGCUGAUGACAUGCCUACUAUACAGCUUUAUGUCAUGAGGCUCCCUCACCCCAUCUAG